UCUAUAAAUAGUUCUCUCCCUCUAUCUCACUGUGACAAGUCACACCACACCCACUCAAUAUUUUUUUAAAAUGAUACUUGGCCACAGAUGCACAAUCAUACUGCCACUUUCUCAUCAUAAAUUGGGAAAUGAAAAUUUUGGUUUAUCCAAAAAUGCAAUUUGCCAGAGACCACGUAGAGUAAGAUGCAGCCACACUAUUGUUGAAUCAAUGGAUUGUGUCAAAGAGGCAAAAGAGAGAAUAAGGGAAACAUUUGUGAAAGUAGAGCCAUGUUCUUCUUCUUAUGACACAGCAUGGGUAGCUAUGGUCCCUUCAAGAAACUCUCUAAAGCAGCCAUGUUUUCCUCAAUGUUUGGAUUGGAUUCUUGAAAAUCAAAGAGAAGAUGGAUCUUGGGGACUAAAUCCAAGCCAUCCAUUGCUUGUGAAGGACUCACUUUCUUCAACACUAGCAUGUUUGCUUGCUCUAAGCAAAUGGGGAGUUGGAGAUAAGCAAGUUCAAAGAGGCAUGGACUUUAUGGAGACGCAUGGUUGGGCAAUUGAUAACAAGGAUCAGUUUUCACCUGUAGGAUUUGAAAUUAUAUUUCCUAAUAUGAUCAAGUCUGCAGAGAAAUUAAAUUUGCCUUUGGAUCUUGACCUUGUAAAUCUGGCAACGGCUGAAAGAUCAUUACAUAAUGAUUUCACGGGGAAUAUUGGAAAUCUUAAAUAUAUGGCUGAAGGAUUUGGAGAAUUAUGUCAGUGGAAGGAAAUAAUGGUAUAUCAAAGACACAAUGGAUCACUAUUUGAUUCACCAGCCACUACUGCAGCUGCCUUGAUUUACCAUCAGUAUGAUGAAAAAUGCUUUGGAUACUUGAAUUCAAUCUUGAAAGUUCACAAAAAUUGGGUUCCCACUAUCUACCCAACGAAGACACAUUCAUUGCUUUGCUUGGUUGACACCCUUCAAAGUCUGGGAGUAGAUCGGCAUUUUAAAACAGAAAUAAGUAAAGUUCUAGAUGAAACAUACAGGCUUUGGCAGCAGAAUAACGAAGAAAUUUUUUCAAACGCUGCACAUUGUGCCAUGGCAUUUCGACUUUUACGGAUGAGCAACUAUGAUGUCUCCUCAGAAGAACUAGUUGAAUUUGUCGAUGAAGAACAUUGCUUUUCAACAAGAAGUGGGAAAAUUACGAGUCAUGAUGCAAUUGUUGAGCUCCACAAAGCUUCACAGUUGGCUAUUCAUGAGAAAGAUCAUAUUUUGGAUACAAUUAGAAAUUGGACAGGAAUAUUUAUGGAGCAACAACUUUUAAAUAAUGACUUCCUCGACAGGAAGUCAAAGAAAGAGGUGGAACUAGCUUUAAGGAAAUUUUACGCCACAUAUGAUCGAGUGGAAAGUAGACGCUGCAUCGAGGCAUAUGAGGUGAACAAUUUUAAAAUCUUAAAAGCUGCUUGCAGGUCUCCCAACAUUAACAACAGAGAUUUCCUUGGGUUCUCAGUGCACGAUUUUAACCUGUGCCAAGCCCAACAUCAAAAAGAACUUCAACAACUAAAGAGGUGGUUCGAGGAUUGCCGACUGGAGCAAGUGGGAUUGCCACAACAGUAUUUAUACACUACUUAUUUCUUGACAGCUGCCUUACUUUUUGAACCUGAAUUCUCUGAUGCCCGUCUAGCCUGUGCAAAGAAUACCAUGCUUGUAACUUUGGUUGAUGAUUUUUUCGAUGGUUAUGUUUGCGAAGAUGAAUUGCUCAACAUCUUUGAAUUAGUGCAAAGGUGGGACGGCAAUUACUCAACAGUGCGUUACCAUUCAGAGAGGGUAAAGAUUUUCUUUUCGGCACUCUACAAAACUAUAGAGGAGCUUGCAGCAAAAGCAAAUAUUAAGCAAGGCCAAUGCAUCAAAGAUCACUUUAUAGACUUGUGGCUUGAUUUGUUAAAGUGUAUGCUGGUUGAAUUAGAUUGGUGGAGAAGUCAGACAACACCAAGCAUAGAAGAGUACUUGUCUGUGUCCAGUGUAACUAUUGGUGUUAGAUGCAUAACUCUCAUAACACAAUAUUUUGUUGCGCCAAAAGUAUCCAAGGAUGUGCUAGAGAGUUCUGAAAUGAAAGCCUUGUGCAAUUCUACCAUGAUGGUGGCACGACUCCUUAAUGAUCUAAGAUCGCACAAGAGAGAAGAAGCAGAGAGUUCACCAAAAAAUAUAGUCUCAAUAUUAAUAACACAGAGUGAAGGAACAAUCUCUGAAGAAGAAGCAAUAAAACAAGUGGAGGAAAUGCUGGAAAGUAAGAGAAGAGAGUUGCUAGGGAUGGUACUAACACAACAAAAAGGAAGCCAAUUGCCCCAAGUGUGCAAGGAUGUCUUUUGGAAGACAAGCAAAUUGUCUCAUUUCGCAUAUUCGGAUAGCGAUGAGCUGGAGGACAUAUUGAAGAAUCAUAUAAAGGACGUACUUUACAAACCAUUAAAUCUGUCACUACAUGUUCUCUAAACAAGUCGUGAAUUUCACCCGAUAUCUUAAUUUGAUAUAGUGAUCAACCUUCUAGACUAUUUUUUAUGUUCUGAUUCUACUAUGUCAUGCAAAUCAAACUCUUUAAAAGUCGAGAAUGUGUAAGGUUGAGAUUAAUGACGCAACACAUUUGACAACUGUGUGAUUUUUCUUUGAAAAUGAAGAUUCCAACAACACUAUAUGAAGUAAUUAUGAACACAAUGCUGCUUGUAGAGCUCAA